UGGGACAUGUGUGCCAGUGGAGUGUAUGUUUUCUCCGAGUCUGGGAUUUUGCUCUGUUUCUUCUGUCUCUGUGGCUGUGGUUUGAUUUCUCUGCAAAAAGCAGCAGCAGCGGAAGAAGAAGAAGAAGCAAAAUUCAGAAGCGGCUAAUUGUGUCGAAUCCAAAAUCAUAAAGAAAGAAAAGAAAAAAAAGAAAAAGAAAAAAAGAGAGGAGCGGAAUAAGCGUUGAUACACCGCGGAAUCACACUACAGGACUUGUGGUUUUAGCAUAAUCAAAUUGCAUAAAAGGAUAUGGAGGAUGGAGGUAGGGUUCCGGCGGGGGAUGACCCCUCUUACUGGCUCGAUGCUUGUGAGGACAUAUCGUGUGAUUUCAUUGAUUUUGAUGUCUCAUCCAUCGUGUCCGACCAGCCUGACAACGCUUCCAAUCAGGACUUUUUCGGUGGCAUUGAUAAAAUUUUGGACAGCAUCAAGAACGGUUCUGGUCUUCCUCUUCAUGCUGAAUCCAAUUCCAACUCUGCUGGAGGACAAGUGUCGUUGCCUAAUGAUGCCUCCAAUGCCACUUUGGAGGGUGGGGAGAAUCAUGCUCCUGCUCCUGCUCCUGCUCCUGCUCCUGAUGCUUCUGUUGCUGCUCAGAGUAACGGCUCUUGCAAGAUGACCAAUGGGAAUGAAGGGGGUGCUUUGGUUAAUCAUUCUCGGGAAAGAGGGACUCUCACUCUCAAUGGAGGCCAUGAUGUUGAUGGUGAAGAGAGGUGUGGCAAAAGGGCUCGGCUUGGUGGCUACAAGAAUGAGAGACCUUACUAUGGUAGAGGGAAUAAUUAUCAAGGGAAGGAGAGGGAGAGGUGUUUUAACAACAGGAAGAGGCCUAGGGAUAGGGAUGAGAUUGAUAGGAGGGAUAAGGAUGGUGUUAGGAAAAGAGAACAUUAUGGUAAUUGUGGCAAGAGGGAUGUUAGAGAUAGGGAUUGGAGGGAUAGAGAAACUAGGGGUUAUUGGGAGAGGGAUAAGUCAGGUUCCAAUGAUAUGAUCUUUCGCCUGGGCGCCUGGGAACCUGAUCGUAUUCGAGAAGACAAAAUGGUGAGUGAGGCAAAACAGGAAAACAAUGGAAAGGUUGAUAAGAAAUCUGAGGAGGCUAAGGAGAGGGUUCCUGAGGAAAAAGCUAGACAGUAUCAGUUGGAUGUUCUUGAUCAGGCAAAGAAGAAAAAUACUAUAGCUUUUCUUGAAACUGGAGCAGGGAAAACCUUAAUUGCUGUUCUUCUCAUUAGAAGCAUACAGGAGAGUUUGCAGAAGCUAAAUAAGAAAAUGCUUGCAGUUUUUUUAGUUCCAAAAGUUCCACUUGUUUACCAGCAAGCUGAAGUAAUUCGUGAGCGGACUGGUUAUCAAGUGGGCCACUAUUGCGGAGAAAUGGGGCAGGAUUUUUGGGAUGCUCGAAGGUGGCAGCGUGAAUUUGACACCAAACAUGUUUUAGUCAUGACCGCUCAAAUUCUUUUGAACAUUUUGAGGCAUAGCAUAAUAAAAAUGGAAGCAAUCAAUCUAUUGAUUCUGGAUGAGUGCCACCAUGCUGUGAAGAAACACCCAUAUUCAUUGGUGAUGUCUGAGUUCUACCAUACAACACCCAAAGAGAAGAGGCCAUCUGUAUUUGGAAUGACUGCUUCUCCUGUUAACUUGAAGGGUGUCUCCAGCCAAGUAGACUGUGCAAUAAAAAUUCGUAAUCUUGAAAGUAAACUAGAUUCUAUAGUUUGCACAAUUAAAGAUCGUAAGGAGCUGGAGAAACAUGUGCCAAUGCCCUCUGAAGUUGUGGUGGAGUAUGAUAAAGCUGCCAGUUUAUGUUAUUUGCAUGAGCAGAUAAAGCAGAUGGAGGUAGAGGUUGAAGAAGCUGCAAAAUCUAGUUCAAGAAGAAGCAAAUGGCAGUUUAUGGGAGCUAGAGAUGCUGGAGCUAAGGAAGAGCUGCGCCAAGUAUAUGGCGUUUCUGAAAGAACAGAAAGCGAUGGAGCUGCAAACCUAAUUCAGAAGUUGAGAGCUGUUAAUUAUGCACUUGGUGAACUGGGACAAUGGUGUGCAUAUAAGGUUGCACAAUCCUUUUUAGCAGCUUUGCAAAAUGACGAAAGGGCAAACUACCAACUUGAUGUCAAGUUUCAGGAAUCUUAUCUAAGUAAAGUUGUCUCUCUUCUGAAAUGCCAACUGUCAGAGGGUGCAGUUUCUGACAAAAAUGCUGGCACGGAUGACUCAGAGAAUGGUGCAGCUCAAAGUGUGUCUGAACAUGAAGAGAUGGAAGAAGGAGAGCUUCCAGACAGUCACGUUGUCUCUGGCGGAGAGCAUGUGGAUGUCAUUAUAGGAGCAGCUGUGGCUGAUGGCAAGGUGACCCCGAAGGUGCAGGCACUAAUCAAAAUACUUCUCAAGUAUCAGCAUACAGAAGAUUUCCGUGCAAUCAUCUUUGUUGAGCGUGUUGUGUCUGCAUUAGUUCUGCCCAAGGUCUUUGCAGAGCUUCCAUCUCUUAGUUUUGUGAAGUGUGCAAGCUUGAUUGGUCACAAUAACAGUCAGGAAAUGCGGACCUACCAAAUGCAGGAUACAAUUGCCAAGUUUCGUGAUGGGCGGGUCACAUUGUUAGUUGCCACUAGUGUUGCUGAAGAAGGACUUGAUAUCCGGCAAUGCAAUGUUGUUAUUCGCUUUGACCUUGCAAAGACUGUUCUGGCAUACAUUCAAUCUAGGGGCCGUGCUAGAAAGCCGGGAUCUGAUUACAUCUUGAUGGUUGAGAGGGGGAAUUUGUCUCAUGAAGCAUUCCUAAGGAAUGCCAGGAACAGUGAGGAGACUUUGCGCAAAGAAGCAAUAGAGAGAACAGACCUUAGUCAUCUGAAGGACAGUUCUAGAUUGAUUUCUGUUGACACCCGGCCUGGAACAGUGUACCAGGUGAAGUCAACUGGUGCAGUUGUGAGCUUAAAUUCUGCUGUAGGUCUUAUCCACUUCUACUGCUCUCAGCUACCAAGUGACAGAUAUUCAAUUCUUCGACCAGAGUUUAUUAUGGAGAAGCAUGAAAAAUCAGGAGGUCCUACAGAGUAUUCUUGCAAGCUUCAGCUGCCGUGUAAUGCACCAUUUGAAAAUCUUGAGGGUCCUAUAUGCAGUUCUAUGCGUUUGGCACAACAGGCUGUUUGUCUGGCUGCUUGCAAGAAACUGCAUGAGAUGGGAGCAUUCACUGACAUGCUAUUGCCUGAUAAAGGAAGUGGGGGAGAAAGAGAAAAGGAUGAACAAAUUGAUGAAGGAGAUCCACUUCCAGGGACUGCCAGACAUAGGGAGUUCUAUCCUGAAGGUGUGGCUGACAUACUGAAGGGAGAAUGGAUCCUCUCUGGAAAAGAUGCUUGCAACAACUCCAAAUUGCUUCAUCUUUACAUGUAUGCUGUGAAGUGCGAAAAUAUAGGCCAUUCAAAGGAUCCGUUCUUGACUCAAGUUUCAAAUUUUGCAGUACUUUUUGGCAAUGAGCUGGAUGCAGAGGUGUUAUCGAUGUCAAUGGAUCUAUUUAUCGCUCGAACCGUGACUACAAAGGCAUCUCUUGUCUUAAGAGGGCCAAUAAAUAUCACUGAGAGUCAGCUGGCAUCCCUGAAAAGCUUUCAUGUAAGAUUAAUGAGCAUUGUCUUGGAUGUGGAUGUUGAACCAUCUACCACUCCUUGGGAUCCUGCAAAAGCAUAUUUGUUUGUCCCAAUGGUUAGCGAUAAGUCUGUAGAUCCUAUGAACCAAAUUGACUGGCAUCUGGUUGAGACAAUAAUUGGAGCUGAUGCAUGGAAGAAUCCCCUCCAGAAAGCUCGACCAGAUGUUUACCUUGGUACUAAUGAGAGAACAUUAGGUGGAGACAGAAGGGAAUAUGGAUUUGGGAAAUUGCGUCAUGGCAUGGCUUUUGGACAAAAAUCGCAUCCUACCUAUGGAAUCAGAGGAGCUGUGGCCCAGUUUGAUGUGGUGAAAGCUUCAGGAUUGGUUCCGCACAGAGAUGCCGAGCAAACACAAAAGCACAUCAAUAUGACUACCAAUGGAAAAUUGAUGAUGGCAGAUACCUGUACUAAUGCAGAGGAUCUGGUAGGGAAAAUUGUAACUGCUGCUCAUUCAGGGAAGAGGUUUUAUGUUGAUUCAAUACGCUAUGACAUGUCAGCAGAAAACUCUUUCCCUAGGAAAGAAGGUUAUCUUGGUCCUCUGGAGUACAGUUCAUAUGCUGAUUACUACAAGCAAAAGUAUGGGGUUGAUUUGAUUUACAAGCAGCAACCUCUCAUAAGAGGCCGUGGUGUAUCAUACUGCAAGAAUCUUCUGUCCCCUCGAUUUGAGCACAGUGAAGCACAUGAAGGUGAAUCUGAAGAGACACAUGACAAAACUUAUUAUGUUUUCCUUCCUCCUGAGCUAUGCCUAGUACACCCACUGCCUGGAUCACUUGUCCGUGGUGCCCAGAGGUUACCUUCAAUAAUGAGGAGGAUUGAAAGUAUGCUACUUGCAGUUCAGCUUAAGAAUAUGAUAAAUUUUCCUGUCCAGUCUUUAAAGAUAUUGGAAGCCUUGACUGCCGCCUCUUGCCAGGAGACAUUCUGUUAUGAAAGGGCAGAGCUUCUUGGAGAUGCUUACCUGAAAUGGGUUGUUAGUCGAUUUCUUUUCCUAAAAUACCCACAGAAACAUGAAGGUCAACUUACUAGGAUGAGACAACAAAUGGUCAGUAACAUGGUAUUAUAUCAGUAUGCAUUAAGUAAAGGGCUUCAAUCAUAUAUUCAAGCAGAUCGCUUUGCCCCAUCCAGAUGGGCAGCUCCUGGGGUUCUGCCUGUCUUUGAUGAGGAUACCAAGGAUGGGGACUCAUCUUUGUUUGACCAAGAGCGAUCCAUUUCUAAGACUGAAAAGAUGGAUUGUCACACGGAUGGAUAUGAGGAUGAGAUGGAAGAUGGUGAGCUUGAGAGUGAUUCAAGUUCUUACAGAGUUCUGUCCAGUAAGACACUUGCAGAUGUUGUGGAAGCGCUGAUUGGGGUAUAUUAUGUAGAAGGCGGUAGGAAUGCUGCUAACCACCUUAUGAAAUGGAUUGGCAUUCAAAUAGAGUUUGAUCCCGAUGAGAUGGAGUGUUCAAGAAAGCCCUUUAAUGUUCCAGACAGCAUACUUAGGAGUGUUGAUUUUGAUGCUUUAGAAGGUGCUUUGAAUAUUAAGUUUAAAGACAGGGGGCUGCUGGUAGAAUCCAUAACUCAUGCCUCCAGACCAUCUUCAGGAGUAUCCUGUUAUCAGCGAUUAGAGUUUGUUGGUGAUGCCGUCUUGGAUCAUCUUAUUACCAGGCAUUUGUUUUUCACUUACACAAAUCUGCCACCUGGACGUCUGACUGACCUUCGGGCUGCUGCUGUAAACAAUGAAAAUUUUGCGCGUGUUGCAGUUAAACACAACCUUCAUGUGCAUCUCCGGCAUGGGUCCAGUGCCCUAGAAAAACAGAUUAAAGAAUUUGUGAAGGAAGUUCAAGAUGAAUUGUCAAAGCCAGGUUUUAACUCCUUUGGUCUGGGAGACUGCAAAGCUCCUAAGGUCCUUGGUGACAUUGUUGAAUCUAUUGCCGGUGCCAUUUUCCUUGACAGUGGGAGGGAUACUACUGUUGUUUGGAAGGUUUUUCAGCCUCUUUUGCAUCCUAUGGUUACCCCAGAGACUCUGCCAAUGCAUCCUGUGCGUGAGCUGCAAGAGCGAUGUCAGCAGCAAGCUGAAGGAUUAGAGUAUAAAGCAAGUCGUAUAGGCAAUUUGGCCACUGUUGAAGUAUUCAUUGAUGGGGUGCAAGUAGGGGCUGCUCAAAAUCCACAGAAAAAAAUGGCACAGAAAUUAGCUGCAAGAAAUGCUCUUGCUGCAUUGAAAGAGAAGGAGGUUGGAAAAACUCAGGAGAAGAAUGAUGAAAACGGGAAAAAGAAUGGAAACCAGACGUUUACUAGACAAACAUUAAAUGAUAUCUGUUUACGAAGAAAUUGGCCAAUGCCAUUCUACAGGUGUGUGAAUGAGGGUGGUCCAGCACAUGCAAAGAGGUUUACAUUUGCUGUGCGUGUCAAUACCACUGAUAGAGGAUGGACGGAUGAAUGUAUUGGGGAGCCAAUGCCAAGCGUCAAGAAGGCCAAAGACUCAGCUGCUGUUCUUCUCUUAGAACUACUAAACAAAUUAUACUCGUGAUAGAUGGAGUGAUUUGGUUCACAUUCUAUCAUGCCAAAAUAUUUAAACCAUCCUGUGCAUCAGGUAUUGAACCCAGCAUUAUCUACUGGUUCUAACUUCAAACCAUGUCUCAAUCCAUGGUUGAAUAAGUAAGAAACUAGAGAUGUUACGAUUAAAAAAAUAUGUAUACAUUUAUUUGUGAUUCCGAUACGAACAUAGAGAUACAACUUGCACUUCACUUUUUUCAUCCUUUUUUCUACUGGCAUACGAACCCGAGCCCUUAAUGUUUACGGGCAUUCGUCAUGGCCAGUAUUUUGUGACACAAGAUAGUGGCACAUAAGUUGCGGACCAGAAUUUCAGAGGCCUGAAAGCCAGAAUUAGGUGUUUUGUUGACACUGCUAUUGUGAGGUUAGGUUAUACUAUUUUGUAGGUAUGUAUGUAUUCUGGAAACAGCUCUUUCAAAUUAUUGAAUUACAAUACGAUCUCAUUAUUCAUAA